CAAAGCGAGAAAAAUUAUUUUCCACUCCAGAAAUUAAUGAUCAUGAGCUCUUAUUUGAUGGACUCUAACUACAUCGAUCCGAAAUUUCCUCCAUGCGAGGAAUAUUCGCAAAAUAAUUACAUCCCAGACCACAGUCCGGAAUAUUACAGCCGGACAAGGGAGUCCAGCUACCAGCAUCACCAUCAGGAGCUGUACCCAGUGCCACGACCCUCCUUCCCCGACCGCCCGUUCAGCUGCGGGGGUCUCCAGGCUCCCGGGAACCCGUCCGCGCUCCAAAGGGGACACGGGCAAACUUCAGGAGGCCAACACCUCUCGGAGAAAGCCCCGCAGCUCUGCGAGCAGACUGCUCUCUCCACCUCCUCCACCACUCCUUCCCCAGCCCCUCCAGCCUGCAACCAGCCAACCCCCGACCAUCCCACCAGCACAGCUUCCAAACAGCCCAUAGUCUAUCCCUGGAUGAAAAAAAUCCACGUCAGUACUG